AUGCAGCGUUUGAUGAAUCUUAUCCAUCGACUCUCCAGAGAUCCAGCGAAGCUUUUAAGCUACGAUGAAGCUAUCAGAAAACUUAUCACUGAUGGAGUAGCUGAAUCAGUGUCAUCUGCGUUAAAUGGAAGUUGUCAUCAACCUCGAGUUUUCUACCUUCCGCAUCAGCCAGUGUACAAAGAAGAAGGCACCACAAAGCUUCGCGUGGUUUUCGACGCGUCGGCUCACAUCAACGGAACUGGUUCUCUCAACGAUCAUCUUUGGACAGGUGCAAACUUGCUGCCGGACGUUUUGAAGGUUUUACUUAACUUUCGAUUGGGCCUCCAUGGCAUUGUGGCAGACAUCGAAAAGGCUUUUCUCCAAAUAAGCUUAUGCCAGGAGGACCGUGAUAGCCAUCGGUUCAUCUGGUUUGGUAGCAAAUUGACGUCUCCUAGUGAUAGACCAAAGUUUACCAUCUACCGGAUGACUAGAGUGACGUUUGGUGUAAACUGUAGCCCGUUUCUGCUUUGUGCAACGAUCAAGUACCAUCUACAGCUUGAACAAAAAGAUUUUCCAACAACGUGCGCCACACUUUUGAACAGCAUAUACAUGGAUGAUCUUGUGAUCAGUACUGACUUUGAGCAAGAAGGCAAGAAGGCAAAGUGUGCUCUGAAGCCGUUGACAUCUUAA